AUCGAAGGACAAUUGAUCUUCGUACUGUUAAUCCAUCACUGGAUAGUAUUGGUAACAGCGACACAGUUUGUUCAAGAGACUCGCCAAGCCGUAGCAUGAUAGCACAGGAAGACAAGGGCGUGGGACUAACAUAUCCGCAACAGCGCCAGUGGCUCGUGCGCUUUCAAAACCGGACAUACGUCUAUGAAGAGCCUCAGCGAUAUCGAGAGCGUCUGUCCGAGUCCAUCGUUGAUUCCAGUGAUGCAAAAGUUCACUUACGGAUAGACGAUGUCAAACGUUUCCUCUCGGAACGUUUGGCCUCGGGGGCUGGGAGCACUCGUAGCGAUUCGUCGAUCGCCCCGACAACCUCGUCCCUCGCGAAGUUACAGCGUCUGUUCGAUAUUACCCAAGUCCAGUAUCCCCACAUUCACAUACGACUCGUCUCCAGUAUCCGUGGCGGAAAAGGCGGCUUUGGAACUCUCCUCAAGGGUCAAUCGCGACAAGCUGGCGCCAAAGCAACCACAAACUUUGGCGCCUGUCGCGACUUGCAGGGCCGACGCCUCCGGAACGUCAACGACAGCAUCUCUAGGGAACGUUUCCAAUCAUGGCAGGAAAAGAUAAGCAAGGGCGAGGCGACCGAAGACGAAAUGAUUCGAGCGCUUGUGUUGGAUACCAGUUCUUCCAGUGGAGUUGCCGGAUGGUAUUUACAGUUGCCCUCCUGGGCGGCCGUUGGCAGUCAACACAAGCGACAGAUUCAACGACAGUACCACAUGUGGAAACGACAACAACGACAAGUCAAGAACACGCGGGAUGAAGCACGCCAAAGGCGAGACGCGCAAGUCCAAACCUACGUGAUGCAGGCCCAGGCCGCCCUGGACCAGGCGCAAUCCGGAGUGCAAAAUGCCCUCCAAGAAGGUUUGCGGAAACGGCAACAGAACAAUGUUGAGCCUGAACCACCAGCGGCCCUACUCACGUUGGACGGUGACAUUACUUUGGCGUACGAAUCGAACGCGUGGAAGAUGCAGAGCCCGUCCAACUUUGCUACGGUUGGGAUUGUCUUGGACUUUUCGUUGCUCAAUACUUCAUCAUCAUCGUCGUCGCAACAUGCAUUCUACUACGAAGUACGACUGGUUUCGGGAGGACUGGCACAGAUUGGCUGGGCAAUACCUGGAUUCGUGCCGAAUUCGGAAGAUGGAGACGGUGUCGGCGACGAUGCCUUUUCGUGGGCCUACGAUGGUUCCCGCUCGAUUCGAUUGCACAAUGCACAAACCCAGUCGUACGGGAAGCCGUGGAAUGCUGGUGACGUAGUUGGUUGUCUGUGUCAUCAAGGAACCAUCAGCUUUACUUUGAAUGGAGAUGAUGAAUUUGGAACAGCAUUCACCUUGGAUCUUACCGAAACAGCACAACCAGUGCCGGUGAUUAGUAUUAAUCCAGGUGAAAUUGUGGAAUUGCGUUGGAACACUUCCGAUAUGGAGUUUUGUCCGGAACAAGCCACUCCUGUUGGAAGCUUUCUCGCGACGGAGGAUGUUACUUUUAAGACACACAAACCAAACAUUCCCGUAGCCAAGCGCCAGAAACAGAAUACAGAUGCCAUUCUUCUAGCCACAACCAACGACUCUCUUCCAUCACCGGAGUCAAUUAACAGUAAUUCAAAGUACGUGGAUGAAAACAUUCAAAAAAAUCCAACUUUUGAACCCCAAGAACUGGAUUUGGAGUCGUAUCAGUCAGCACAGGAUCUAGAAGACCUCGGUAUGGAUCGGUUGAAAGGAGCACUCGCUGCCUUGGGAGUCAAGUGUGGGGGUACCUUACAGGAGCGGGCAGCUCGUUUGAUGUCGCUGAAGGGUUUGGAACGAGAAGAUUACCCCCAACGGUUGCUGUCGAGACGUAAACGAUAG